AAGUUGGUCUUCCGGCAUUGCUCCUGCGCAUCUCAGCAGCGCAGCAGGGAAGAUUCAUUCGUCUGAAGGACUCCCACGUCGGAAGUCAUGCGCUCCUUCCAGUUAGCCCUGCUGUUUUUCCUAGCAUGUUCAGCCUCCGCUACACCAGCCUGCGUAGAAACAUACGGGUCUACUCGCACUAUUUACACGUGUUCGGGAUUCACGACGCAUGAAGACUUCGACCGAUACGUAAACCGCGAUUUCCCGCCCCACCAAUACCCGGACAUCACGUUCGUGCUCAAGGAUAGUACAAUAGAUUAUAUCCCACCUUCUGCCUUCAUCGACACGAGGGCAUCGACGCUUGUGUUCAAUAAUGUCCAGGUGAGCUCCCUUCCAGAGGUGGGACAGGGGGUUCACCCAUUCCAUGGCGUGAGCUCUUGGCUGAAGCGCAUCGAGUACAGGAACGGAAGCAGUGUUCCAGGCACCUGGAGGCUGCUGCAACCCCUCACAAAGCUGCAAGCGCUCGUUUUCCGCAACAUGCCCCACCUUCAACUCACUGAAGAUUUUAACAGCUUGCCCCUGAAUCUGAAAAAGAUAGAUAUUGAAAACUCAACCAUACGUUCCGUGAGAUCAGCAUGGCUGUCUCAGCUGACGAACCUCGAAGAGCUGGUCGUGAAAGGCACCAACCUCAACAUUUUUGAAAGAUCUAUGCUUCCCAGUCCCGCCACCAAGCUUACUUCUCUUGACUUGCGGCACAACGAGCUCACAUCCCUCCCUGAGGACCUCACCAGGGACGCCCCUUCCCUGAGAACGCUGAAUGUUGCCUCGAACAAGAUCAGAAGCUUCAACGAGGAGAGCUUCCAACAGCUAAAGGAAAACCAGAACGCCACCGUCAAUCUGGAAGGAAACCCGCUGAACUGCGACUGCCACGCAAGAUUCCUGCGGUCCGUGCCAGACAGCUGGAGGUCUCCGCCAUGCGAGUCUCCCGAGAGGCUCCGGGGAAGGCAGGUCAAGCAGAUUGGGAUAUCGCAGCUGCUGUGCGACUGAGCCGGCAGAAUACGCGUGACCCGGCUGCGUUUUCAAGAGGUCUUCUCGAUAUCCAUGGCAAUAAAACCAGAUUUCAGAUGUUCGCCCCAAUGAAGAUAAAAAAAAAAACAUUGGGAGAACCUCAAGGGUACAAUUAACUACUCGAGGGCUCACCCCCACUUGUAAAUUUUUUCUCUCAAAUUAUUAGGUAUAUUUGUAUCCAAUCAAUUAACGGUGGGGGAAAUUACACGUAGUUGACCAAAACAUAUCAUCCGCAUCAAAGAUAGUAUCUAACCAGGAUUACACGAAUAGUAACCUGAACAUAAAGCCGAUUUUUUUUAUUUCUGAAUAAUGGGAAAUAAAAUGUCAUUAAUAAUAAAAGUGUAGGUUGUACGGAUUGGAUGUGGUUAAAAUUGGAAGUAUUUCAGGGUCGCA